AUGGACUCAUUAAAACAGUCUUUCUCUGCUAUGUCUGAGAUGUUUCACACUAGAAUGAACGAGUUCCAGCACGAACUACAGAAGAAUUCGAGUAGCAAAAUCGCUGCGACCACUUCAUCCAUUGCUGCUGAUUUUGAAGCUUUUAAAAAUUUUAUGAUAGCCACGUUGAACACCUUACAACAUCAGGUUGAAUUCCUUAGAACGGAAUUGGAUCGUCAGGAGAUGCGAAGAAGGCGCAAAAUGCUGCUCAUGCACGGUAUCCCCGAGAUGUCUGUUUUCGCCGAGCAUCUAGAUUUGCCGAACUUUUCCAGCUCCAGUAUAAAAACGACGUAUCGUUUGGGUCGCUCACCGACAAAAAAACCAAGGCCCGUUGUGGUUAAGUUCACUGAUGUCGUGGUUCGCAAACAAGUAUGGUAUGCCAAAACUAAGUUGAAGGGCACAGGCAUCACACAGUCUGAGUAUUUAACUAAGCCUCGGCACGAUUUAUUUCUUGAAGCCCGGAAGCGCUUUGGCGUCACCAACUGCUGGACCCGCGAUGGAUAUGUGUACAUCAUCAGCCCAGACGGAGUUCGCCACCAAGUAGAGUGUCGGGGUGAUCUGGAACUUAUUCCCGUUGCGUCGAGGUCUGCAGUCGAGGAUGGUUCUCCAGCCCUGAGCCCAGGAACGGUGGUAAAGAGCCCUGAGACUAGGCUUCCCAUUUCUCGUACCAGAAGAGCGGUUAAGAAAUAA